CCGAGGAGAGAUUCUCCACCAACGACGGGUGCUUCACGACGUACUAUCCAGUGAAACUCAAGCUGCCCAUGGUAGAUGUGCCUGCAGAAGAAGGAUGCUGUCGGUUAAAUGGAGGGUCGUCUUAGUAGUUACACGGUGGAGGUUUCAAGGCCUUGUCGAUGGAGUUUAUAUGCCAGGGCCACCUGGUAGAUGCGAGAAGUCGUUCAACUCUGCUCUGAAAAGUAAAGAGAGCCAGGGAAGACAUUCAAUCGAAAGACUACGGCCAUGAAGAACGCACUUUCCAUCCUAUGCGCCUUCGGCGCGUUUCACGUGAGUAGUGUGACAGCUGCAACGCUCUACCUUGCAGGUGACUCAACAAUGGCACCUGGCGGUGGUGGCUCAGGAACUGAUGGAUGGGGUCAAUAUCUGGCAUCAUAUUUAUCCCUAACUAUCAGCAACGACGCAGUUGCUGGCCGUAGUGCCCGCUCCUAUACGCGCGAAAGACGUUUCAAUACCAUCGCCUCCGAUAUCAAUCCUGGAGACUUUGUCGUCAUUGAAUUUGGACACAAUGACGGUGGCUCACUGACCCCAACUGACAACGGUCGCACAGAUUGCCCAGGAGAAGGAUCCCAGACAUGUUCAACCACGUAUAACGGAGUCCACGAAACUGUCUUGACGUUCCCUGCCUACCUCGAAGAUGCAGCUGCAACUUUCAGGGCGAAAGGUGCUCAUGUGAUUAUCUCCAGCCAAACGCCCAACAACCCCUGGGAAACUGGUAAUUUCCAAUACUCACCGUCUCGAUUCGUGGGAUAUGCUGAACUUGCUGCUCAAAAAUCUGGGGUGGAAUAUGUUGAUCACGGGGCUUAUGUCGCGAGUAUCUUUGAACAAUUGGGAAAGUCGACGGUGGAUUCAUAUUUCCCUAAUGAUCAUACUCAUACCAGUGUAGCUGGUGCUAAUGUUGUGGCACAAGCUUUCUUGAAGGGUGUCGUUUGUGGUAAUUCGAGUUUGAGGAGUUAUCUCACUUCAACUGAUUUUGCGGGGCAGUGUCUGUAGCAGUUGCUGUGCAUGAUUCACAUAAAUGGGAUUCUCCGAUUUCUGACCAUGUGAUGUGAUUUGGCAUGCAUAUUCCUGUAAAGUCUCGGCCACAAUCAAAUGAUGGGAUUCAUUUCAGCGACGUCAGACUGUGAGUUG